AUGCUACCCAUGCUGCUACUGAAUGAUGCGGAUACUCUGGUCUUCAUUGAUCCCGCUCCAGAGGACCACUCCAGGAACUAUCUCUUACCUCCAACCAUUCCCCACCGCCUUCACAGUGAGAAGCUCUUGGCCACGGGGUCAACAUACUUCCAGCGGCUUUUCAGUACCCGAUGCCAGACUCUUAUCCGAAAGCGCCGCGGUUUUGCCAACAGUCUUCCCGCAGGCGUCAAGUAUGUUAUUGACUUGACUCCUCCUACUGUGGAUGAGGAUGCCAUCAUUGUCCUGACCGAGGUGUCCUGUCCAAUGCCAAUCCGAACCUGGGCUUUGCUCCAGGAAGAAUGGAAUCUACCCCCCUCCUGCGUUGGAGGAGAGGAUGAACUGGAAGUGUUGUCAGAUGUCCCCCAGCGACCUGCAGGUCAUCGAAAUACGAAGUCACCCUUAGAAGAAGAGAAGGCAACCCAUCCGAGCAUCCUUGACUCUGAAGCGGAGGACGAAGGUCUAUUGCUGAGCGAAGGAAUGAACCGCAGUGUGUGGCCUCAACAACCAGCUCAGACUGCCCUGCCCAUCGAGUACUCACCCCAGCGCCAUCGUGAGGCGAUCGAGCAAAUCCUGCAUGUCCUGGAAGGCUUGGAUACAACACUUGAUACCCCAUGCAAACUGUGGACUUUCUUUGCAGUCGCCAAAAUCCUUGACGUUGCGAAAGUCCCUGCGGUGAGUGGAUAUAUCAUGGCGUGGUUCUAUCACUCCACAAACAUCCACUUCCUCGAGAUCCACCCCGAGAUAUCGUACCGUGUGUCCUGUGGAAUCAAAGUGGCCCCUCUCUGUGUGGACUCGUUCAUUGGACUGGUCGGAGAUGAGGCGCUUCUCUACAUCAUGCGGGAGGCAAGGUUAACGCCGCCCAGAGCAUGGGCGCCUAUUCUUGACCGCAGCCGCGUUGCCGACUUCUUGGAUGACACGGAUGUGCAGCGCAUCGAAUACGCCAGCAAGAGUUUUGCCGACAAGAUUAUCGGGGAUUUCUUACGCUUGGUUGGGACCGAUAUGCCGUGGAUAGCAGACGUCGGCGAAUUCGACAAACUAAAUCAGCACAGGCGAGACUUUCCGGAAGAUGAAGCGCUAGUACGCCAACUGAUCACUUUGCUGAAAGACUUCAUCCGCGCCCGGAUCUAUCGCGUUCUCUGCAACGCCAAAGACCCUCGUCGAUCAUGCAGUAUUCCCGGACCCACGGAAGAUGACAAUAUUAGGUGCAAAUUUGACCCUCCAGCAGUUGUCCAGCGCAUCAUCGGCAGAAAUUUCUGGCGUGAUCUCUUGUCUCUGGAUCUGCACUCGAGCCAUGUUCUCCCGGUCGACCAAUACCAUAAUUCGAUCGCAGAGAUUGGGCAUGGAAUGGCCGCGUUUGAAGGUCAAGAAAAUGCUUGCGUCGAUCAUGUCCCCAAAUACUCCGUUGAGCAGAAAGUCCGGGAAUUCAACAUGAGGGUCAAGCAUCAAGAAUCUGUCGUGAUGUUCCAUCCUAGCAAACGCAGAGCGCUGGGUGCGAAUAGGGGUCACCUUUCGAAUUCGUCCGUCAAUAUGAGUCGCCCCUUGCAAGCUUCUGAGCCCCUCGCGCCAAUGGACGAUGGGCACAGCAAGCCCUUCACCAUUAACCUACGAUACCCGGAGCUAUCGCAGCUAGUCCAGGGAUCAGCCAAUUCAAGCUCAUCUGAUAAUCCACUCGGCUUGCCCUUCCGCCUUUCCCUUCAUUCCCCUUCUGAUGAGAAUCAGAUUCCCGUGCGCUGCUCUGAUGGCAUGAACACAAGUUUGCCUCUCAAUUCUACGACCACACCAGUACUUGAUUCUAUCCAGCAAUCCACCAGCGUUCCAUUCAACGCAGAGGAGAGGACCUUCGACCUAGACCAUUUCCUCUCUGGGGCCUUCACCCGGGUGACCGUUCUCUCACGCGCUUUGCUGUUCCCUCACGGUGCAAACACCACGGCACUCGAAGCCACCGACACUCUUUUCUCGUUGAAGGACAACCAGUUUCGAUUCCUGCCCCUUAAUGGAAACGGGGGCUUCUCGGCACCAGGCCCUGCUGUGCACACUGGAAGCGUGGCUUCAACCAAUACGGAUCGAUCGUUCAGUGAGAUCGACCCGGAUGAUUCUUUGUCUACUGUUCAAGGCGCCUCUCACCAAGCUACCCACUCUCACGCUUCCGAUCUGUUGUCAGUGGACUCUGUCGAAGGGCUAUCUCAGGCGAGCCACGAUGGGCUGACUCAGACAUAUGGUCCCGGGACUUCUAUGUCUGCAUCUGCGUUCCUUUUCGAAGAUGAGUACGAUUUCGAUGUCCGAAGUGACGAUGGUGACACGGUAGUCAUGGGCUCACCCCGACUCUCCGACAUUGACGAUGACGAAGAAUUUGAUCUUGAGAUGGAGCAUCCUGAUAAUGACAAUACUGAUGAUAGCCAGGACUCUCAUGAUAAUCAUGAUGAUGGCUUUGAGCUAGUUGAUUCGCUCUGA